AUGUACCGCGAGCUACUCACAUGUCGCCAGGCUUUCCUCUCCCCCCACAAAACCCUCUUCUCCUCCACACUCCUUCCCUCCCCCACCCACCCGUCGCUGCAACCACGCCUGCUCUUUGAGUCCGCCUCCUGCGUUCCCCACAACCCACACUCAUCCUCCUCCAGAGCAUCCGCCUCUUUCUCUCAAAACGGCGGGUCUUCAUAUCCGCCUUACCAGCAACCCCCCUACCGCCACCAACAACCUUCCUUCCCACCUCCUCUCUCCUACCCGCCUCCGUUCCCCACUACAACACCUUACCCUCACACCCCCCCGUUACCGUCACAUUCGUUUCAAACACAAUCGGGGUUAGCGACAUGCCCGCCCGGCGUGGGCGUGUUCUGGGACUACGAGAACUGCCCCGUGCCUGUCGGCGCCGACUGCGCUGCGCUCGUGCGGCGCCUGCGCGACGUGGCGCGCACGUUCGGCGUGGUGCGGAGCGUGCGCGCGUACGGGAAGCCGGAGGAGGUGCAUGCGCGCAUGGUGGGAAAGAUGGGCGCGUGCGGCGUGGAGGUGGUGGCGGUGGCGGCGGGCAAGGAGAUGGCGGACAAGGCCAUCAUCACCGACGCGCUGCUCUUCGCUCUCGACGAGCGCGAGGUCAACCGAGCCGUCCCGCCGUGCGUGGUGGUGGUGUCGGGCGACGUGGGGUUCGCGGGCGUGCUGGCGAAGCUCACCAACCGCGCCGUCACCACCGUGCUGCUCGCGCGCCCGCGCAAGAACGGCAGCAAGGGCAAGCGCGGCACCAUCCCCGCGCCCCUGGCGCAGUCAGCGGCCGUCACUCUUGACUGGGACCAGCUCAUUCUCGCGGGAGAGAGCGGUGCAGGGGGGGAGAGCGGGUGGAGGGGCGGCAGCAGAGCAGGCGAUGAUGGUGGUGUUGCUGAUGCGGGGAAUGGGGGUGUUGCUGCUGCUGUUGCACGCGGUAGCAGCAUCUUUGGUAGCAGCAGCGGCGCUGGUGGUGUGAAGGGCAGUGGCAGCAGUGCAGUAGAGUCGUUUAGUGCCAUCCGCAGUGGCAUGGACAGCAGCGGCAGCACACGUAGUGCUGGGGUCUCCACCUCGGACAACGGCAGCCUCAGCGGCCACGGCAACGGCAACAGCAGCGCCAAUGGCAGUGCCCUUAGCAGUGGCAGCAGCAGCAGCAGCACCGGUGCUGGUGGGACGUCAGGCAGGGAGGGGACAGAGACGAUAGGGAGUGGGAGGGAGGGCGAGGAGGAGGUGCAGCAGCGGCUGCGAUCGCUGGAGGAGCGACUGCUGCACGUGGAGAGGGGCGCGGCGAGUGGCGGGGGGGACAGCACGACCAGCAGUAGUGGCGCGUGUGAUGGGGCGGGUGAAGCAGCAGGUGACGCGGGUGAAAAAGACAUGACCCCUGCAAGCAACGCCCAACCUCCACCGCCGCCGGAGCUCAAGGCAGGUGAGGCAGCGCCGUCCCAUGCGGAGGCAGGGGGGGCCCCGCGGCGGGAGUCGUGGGCGGAGGUGAUGGCGCGCGCCCUGUCCGUGCGCUCCCCUGCGGACGUGCUGACAGCGCGCCUGCGCGCCCACAUGCUCACCACGCUGGCGGCCCACGGCGCGGUGACGACGUCAUUGCUGUUCGUGGCUUACCAGCGCGUGUGGGGGCGGCAGCUGCGCCUGGCGGACUACGGGCUGCGCGACGUCAAGGCGCUCGUCGCGCUGCUGCCGCACGUCAUGGCCGUGAGCGAGGGGUGGCCGGGGCAGGCAGCGCGCAAGAAGAUGAGCGUUGAGGCGCGCGAGGCCAUGGCACGCCGCCGGACAUUCUCCCUUGUGCGCUCGCACGGCAACCUGCGCGCGCUGGCGCUGGUGCAGUCACGGCUGCGGUGCGUGGUGGUGGCCGUGCUGCAGGCGCACGUGGCCCGCGCGGAUGCCGCCUAUGCUGCUGCUCGCACUGCACGGGGCAGUGCUGGUGCGGUGGCGGGAAGAAAUGGGGGGGUCGCAGAGCGGGGUGGCAUGGGCGAGCAGGUCCCUGGGGACCGCGGGGCGUCGAGUGAAGGCAGCACUAAUGGCAAGGAUGGGAGCGGCAGGAGCGGUACUAAUGGCAGUGGGAGUAUUAUCAAGAGCGGCGGCACGGGGAUUGGAGCGCGUGACAGGAGGGCGAGCCGGUGGAUGCCCGUGGAGGAGGUGGGCGUGGCAGUGCGGCGUGUAUGCCAGGAGAGGCUCGGUGCGCUGCUGACCCGGCAUGGGUACGGGCGAGACGCCUUCUGCAACGUGUCCCAGAAGGCCCGGCUGGUGGCACUGCUGGCAGACAUGCCCGACCUGGUGCGCCUCAAGAAGCUGCGGGGCGCGGGGGGCGUGGUGCUGGUGGGGCUGGUGGCGGGCGCUGAGGCCGACCCUGUUGUGGCCCAGUGGGCUGAGCGGAACGAGGGGCUGUGGGAUGGGCGCGUGUACUCGUGGCAGGACAGCCGUGGGCAGGGGGGUGGCGGCUGGGAUGAGGGGGAGCGGGAUGACGACGAGGAGGACGAGGACGAGGACGAUGAGGAAGAGGAGGAGGAGGAAGCGGAUAUUGGGAGGUGGGUGGUAAGGGAGGCUGUGAGGAGAGGAGGCGAGCGGGGCAUGUUGGGUGAUUGGAGUGAGGAGGGGAGUGAUGGAGAGGAAGGGGAGGAAGAGGAGGAAGAUGAGGAAGAGGAGGAAGAAGAUGAGUGGUGGGAAGAUGAUGAGGAGGAGGAGGAGGGUGACGAGGAGGAGGAAGAGGAGGAGGCAGAGGAUGAAGAAGAGGAGGAAGAGGAGGAGGAAGAUGAGGAGGAGGAAGAGGAGGAAUAUGAGGAGGACGAGUAUGGGUUUCUGGCAACAGGGGAUAUGUACGAGGAAGAGGAAGAAGAGCGCUCAUGGCAGGGCAGGGAGGGCGGGGGGGCCAUGGGGGGCAGGGAGGGCAGGGAGGGGGGGGAGGGCGGGGUGCAAGUGGCAGGUGAGAGGCGCAUGAGGGAGGAUGGUGGCGUGGUGGGUGGGCGUGGCAGCACGCACAGUGAAUGGGGCGAGAAGGCGGAUGGCGAGAGUGGGCAAGGGCAGGGCAGCAGCGCGGGCGUAGUGGGGGUGCAGGCACAUGGAGCCUCGUCCUCGCCUGGCGAGUGCAGAGCAGGUGCAGCAGGCGGUGGCGAUGUGGAGGGAUACCGUGUGGUGGCAGGGUGGGAGGAGUGGCAGGGCGAGGAGGGCGAGGAGGGCGAGGAGGAAGAGGAGUAUGCAUUCUACGCGGCAUAUGACAGCCAUGAGAGCGAGGGGGAGGUGGAUGGAGAUGCUCGUAUAAAUGGUACCGUGCAUGCGCUCUCUCACCCGCCUUUCAUUGCGUCUGGGGAUGCUGCACCUGCCCCUGCACCUGCACCUGCCCCUUCAGCUGCCCCUUCAGCUGCCCUUUCAGGUGCCCCUUCAGGUGCUGUGCCCCAUGAUGGUGCACAGGCUGAGACAGCUGCUGCGAGCAAAGCUGAUGAUGUUUCUGUGGAAGCACCCCUUCCCACUCCUGCAUUUUCUCUUACUCCUGCUCCUGCUCUCACUACUCCUACCGCUGCUGCUGCUGAUGAUGCUCCUGCCACCGCCGCUCCUACCGCUGCUGUGUCUGCACUUGCCGUGGUCGGAGGGAAUGACAAUGAGCAGCAGGGCAGCAGCAAUGGUGGGCUGCGAGCUGACGGUAUCCCCACACCCGUGCACUCCGCCCCGCGCCCUGCUCGCCUUCCUCGCCACCCACCCCACCCGCCUGCUGCCUCUGAGCACGCCCAGGGAGACGUGGGUCAGCUGUUGCAGCACCACGCACAGCCCACUGCCCUGCACAAGCCACACUGCCAUGCCCAAGACUCCCCAAGUGCUGCCCACACCACAGCAUCCCACGACCCGCUGUGGCCUGCUAUCUUUGCCUCCGCGUCGGCCGUGCGCUCGCCCCUCGAGCUCGCCCUCCUCCGCUUCUCCCUCCGCACCCUCACUCUCCUCGCCGCCCGCGGCCCGCUCCCACUGGGCGGCAUGGCUCGGGAGUUUGUGCAGCGCGGGUGGUGGCGGCCCGACCCUGCUCGGGUUGAUGUGGAUGCAUUGGUUGGGCCGAUUGCCACGGUGGUGCGUGAUUAUAACGAGUACACAUACAUCGAGGGAGGUAGAGCGGUGGGAGGGGAGGGAGGUGCGACCAGCAAAGGAGGCAAUGGGGUUGGUGUUGUGGCCACACGUGGUUCUGGUGAGGGUGGUAGCGCCGGUGAGCAGCGCGAACAGAGGCUGGCAGUGGUUGUGAGCGAGAGGGCGUUGCAGCUGGUGAGUCUCGUGCAGUCAGGGCUGCGCCGUGUGGUGAUGGGGGUGGUCCUCACACACGGUGCUGACUGGGAUGCCCCCCCUGCUCUCACUGAACCCCUUCAAAACAACAGCUCUAGACGCGGCAGCAGCAGCAGCAGCAGCAGCAGCAGCAGGUGGAUGUGGCUGGAGGAGCUAGCAGGCAGGCUAGAGGAGCACACAGGGCAUUCCCUGCCGAGCCUGCUCGCCAGGCACGGGUACAGCAGCCGUGCCUUCCCCAGGUGGUCCAUGAAGGCCCGGCUGGUGGCACUGCUGUGUGACAUGCCUGACCUCGUGCGCGUGGGCGAGGCAGGGGCGCUGCUGCCAGUGGGGGAGGUGACCGAUGGGGAGCACAGCGGCAUGUUGAAGCACCAUGAAGCACAUACGUGCAUGGGCGAGCAGUUGAAGGAACGGAGUGAGGAGGGGGCUUACAUGUGGAGGGAUGGGUGUGUGGAUGAUGAGGAGGCGGCUGAGGAGUGGUGGCUGGAGAUGGAUGGCGGGGAGUGGGCUGAGAGUGACGAGCUGGGCCUGCGGCACUGCGGCCUCGUGGUGGUGCUUGUACAGGGGGCUGAGCUGGACCUGCGCUUCAAGACGUGGCAUGUGCGCAACGAGGGCAAGUGGGACGGGCGCGUCUACUCCAUAGCUGGCCUCAGCAUCAGGAUCGCCUCCUCCCUUGCCUCAUCUGAUAGCGGUGUCGAACGAAAGGUGCAAGUUGAUGGAUUCAAACGUGAGGGAAAGGAUAAGGUGUGGGGAAUGGAUGGGAUGGGAUAUGAUGACGGUCUUACGAGCAGAGACGGUGUGAGGAACGAUGUGAUGGAGCGUGUGGUGAGCCAUGUGAGUGAUUG